AUGAGGAGUAAUCAUGUUCCAUUGUUUUGGCUCAUUAUUGUUAAGAGCAUGCUCAGGUUGUUCUGCUUUCUGCACUAUGUUAGGAUGAUUCAGAAGCCUUUAUCGCAUGUCGUCAGCUACUCCCAGUUCUUUGACUACUUCAUUGAUUUAAUUCUCAUUGGAUUAUGCAUAUUUCUUGAUUUUGUGAUGCACGAAGUAUGUCAGGAUAUCAGAAAAUUUCAGAGACAAAUAAGGUUUGUGGCAAAACUGCCCAAGAGAUUCGAAGAGAACGACAAUGGUUUGCUUGAGGAAAAAGAAAACCAAUUGCAGUUUUUGAGAAGAAAACUGAACCAUGUAGAAUACGAACUUAGGACCAAAACCAAAGAGCUUGUUGUUGCAGAAGCUGAUAAUUCUUCUUUAAGUAACUUAUUCAACAAGUUACAUAUUGAGCAGGAUAUUGUAGUGCAGGAAAAUCAAAGUCUGAAGAAUGAGUUGAAAUCAUCAGACAUCAAACUUCAACAGCUACAAUAUGAACUUAACGAAAUGACACAAGAGGUUUUGGCAGGAAAUAACUAUGCUAGUGCACUACAGAAAAGAUCCGAAGAGGCUUUCCUCAACCACAAUCGUUUGUUUCCUGAAAAAGAGAAGCAAUUGCAAUCAUUGAGAACAAGGCUGGACCAACUAAAAUUUGAACUUGAGAACAAAGAGAAAGAGGUUAAUGUUGCAAAAGCCAAAAAUGAUGCUCUAAGGAACCUGUAUGGAGAGUUACUUAAGGAAAACCGAAGUUUGAAGAGCCAGUUGCAGUCAUAUGACAACAAGUUCAAACAGCUAGAAUCUGAAAUCGAGAAGAAGACAGGGUUUGAUCAUGUUUGCGAAUUGCAGUUCUGGAAAGCAACGCUCAGCCAAGUAGAAAAUGAACUUAGGAUGAAAACCAAAGAGUUUGAUGUUGCGGAAGCCAAUAUUACUUCUCUAGGUAACUUAUUGAAAGAGUUGCAUAUUGAGAAAGAUAUUGUAGUGCAAGAAAACCAACAGCUACAAUAUGAACUUUACGAAAGGACCCAAGAGUUUUUGGCUGAAAAUAAUUAUGUUAGUGUUUUACAAAAAAGAUCCAAAGAGGCUUCCCUCAACCACUGUAGUAUUCUUGCAGAAAAAGAGAAGCAAUUGCAAUCAUUGAGAAUAAGGUUGGACCAACUAGAAUUUGAACUUGAGAACAAAGAGAGAGAGGUUUGUGUUGCAGAAGCCAAUACUGAUGAUGUAAGGAAACUAUUUGGAAAGUCACUCAUUGAGCAAUGUGUUGUAGUUGAGGAAAACCAAAGCUUGAAGAGCCAGUUGCAGUCAUAUGACAACAAGCUUAAACAACUAGAAUAUGAAGUCGAGACAGAGACAGAGGCUAAUAUUAUUGAUCUAAAGGAAGAUUUAGAAGAUGAUAUUCUUGAGUAUGAUAAGUUACUUGAGGAGACCAAGAUCUUAAGAAGCCAAUUAGAAUGGGAGAUUGUCACAGACUCACAAGGUAGUCAACAAGAUUAA